UCGCCGACUCUGUUUGACGGUCCAUAGUCCGAUGUUUAACCUGUAUAUUAUCUUAAAUCGCCAUUUGUGCUACGUGAGUGUUGCGAUAAGACGUGACCAUUGUUAAAACUUAUAAUUAUUUGAGUUAUAUGCUUUUGGUUUGCUGUGUAAAUAGGUGUUUUAUUACUUUGUCGGACAUCGUUUUAUUUAAAUAGGUAGCAACAAAAAAAAAAAAAACGAUAUACGGUGAAGUGACAAAGUUUCUAUUAUUCAAAUUGUUAUCCCAGAAUGUCGAAAAUUGUACAAAGUCACAAGGACAAAUUUACGGCUACAGAACUUCCUAUACUUAAUUCUAUCUUUGAAGAUGAUCAUGUGGGUUAUAUAGUGUAUCAACGAGAAAGUUAUGAGAGUAGAGUGAUGCGUCGAAACAGAAAAAAGUCAGAUUUUACCAAUUUCAUCAGUUUUUUGAGAUCUGUUAACAAGGAAGUUAAAAAGGUGAAUCUAGAUUCUAAUUCUUUGAAACUUAUUAAUCUUCACAAUAACCGAAUCAUUCUCCUUUAUCGUGCGGCUCUAAAAUAUUUCGAUUAUGAUCUAUCACUCUGGACAAAAUACAUCGAAUUCCUGAUGAAAUAUAAAAAUCCAACAAGGGUACAAAAUGUUAUAAACCAUGCUUUGUUAUUACAUGGUAACAUUUCAGAUUCGUUGUAUAUUUACGCAGUAAAAAUAGAGAUCGAAUUUUUAAAAAAUAUCCAAAAAGCAAGAGAAAUUUAUGCUAGUGGGUUAGAAGUACAUAAGUAUUCAUCAAAUUUAUAUUUUGAAGCUUUUAAAUGUGAACUUACUAAUUCAAAAAUGCUCAUUCAAGAGGUGUUUAACUCAGGAAAAGAGCUGGUUUCCAAUGAUCCUGCGUUAGAUGUUUCUGUAGCCAAAGUUAUUUUUGAAUCAGCCGUUCAAAAUAUAAAAGAGGACACGGAUCUUUUCUUUCAAAUGUAUAAUGCAGCUACUCAAUAUAAUUUUUCUUUAGAUUUGUCUAAAGAAAUCAAAAAGUAAUAUUUUUUAUGUAUUAUUAAAAUAUAUUAAGUUAUUAUUUAUACAAGAAUUAACUUUAAUAACUAUUUACACUUCUAAAUACU